UAGAAAAACCCUAAACGGAGCUGAGGGUUUGAGAGUCUUUUUAAGGCGAGAAACCUCUUAUUUCAGAGGCCUCCUUUUUUCUGCUAAAACUGUGGGAGUCUUGGAGAGCUAUUAGCGACUCGAUCUCGUCAUUGCCGCUUCUGUUAAAGGUUCUUCUAAUAUUUCAUAAUGGGUAAGGAGAAGACCCACAUCAACAUUGUGGUCAUUGGCCACGUCGACUCUGGGAAGUCGACUACCACCGGUCAUCUUAUCUACAAGCUUGGAGGUAUUGACAAGCGUGUGAUUGAGAGGUUUGAGAAGGAGGCUGCUGAGAUGAACAAGAGGUCAUUCAAGUACGCCUGGGUGCUUGACAAGCUAAAGGCUGAGCGUGAGCGUGGUAUAACCAUUGAUAUUGCCCUUUGGAAGUUCGAGACCACCAAGUACUACUGCACUGUGAUUGAUGCUCCUGGACAUCGUGACUUCAUCAAGAACAUGAUCACAGGUACCUCACAGGCUGACUGUGCUGUCCUUAUCAUUGAUUCCACUACUGGUGGUUUUGAGGCUGGUAUCUCAAAGGAUGGGCAGACCCGUGAGCACGCCCUGCUUGCUUUCACCCUCGGUGUCAAGCAAAUGAUAUGUUGCUGCAACAAGAUGGACGCCACCACCCCCAAGUACUCCAAGGCGAGGUAUGAUGAAAUCGUGAAGGAAGUCUCUUCCUACCUGAAGAAGGUCGGCUACAACCCUGACAAGAUCCCAUUUGUCCCCAUCUCUGGGUUUGAGGGUGACAACAUGAUUGAGAGGUCUACCAACCUUGAUUGGUACAAGGGCCCAACCCUUCUUGAAGCUCUGGACAUGAUCUCAGAGCCCAAGAGGCCUUCGGACAAGCCCCUGCGUCUCCCUCUUCAGGAUGUCUACAAGAUUGGUGGUAUUGGAACUGUCCCAGUGGGGCGUGUGGAGACUGGUAUUCUGAAGCCUGGUAUGGUGGUAACCUUUGGUCCCAGCGGACUGACUACUGAAGUUAAGUCUGUUGAGAUGCACCAUGAGGCUCUCCAGGAGGCCCAUCCCGGUGACAAUGUUGGUUUCAAUGUCAAGAAUGUUUCUGUGAAGGAUAUCAAGCGAGGUAAUGUUGCCUCGGAUUCCAAGAACGAUCCUGCCAAGGAGGCUGCAAACUUCACCUCCCAGGUCAUCAUCAUGAACCACCCAGGCCAGAUCGGGAAUGGCUAUGCCCCAGUGCUUGAUUGCCACACCUCUCACAUUGCUGUGAAGUUUGCCGAGAUCCUGACCAAGAUUGACAGGCGAUCUGGUAAGGAGCUCGAGAAGGAGCCCAAGUUCUUAAAGAACGGUGAUGCUGGUAUGGUUAAGAUGCUUCCAACCAAGCCCAUGGUGGUGGAGACCUUCUCAGAAUACCCACCUCUAGGACGUUUUGCUGUUAGGGACAUGCGCCAGACUGUGGCUGUUGGUGUGAUCAAGAGUGUGGAGAAGAAGGAACCCAGCGGUGCGAAGGUCACCAAAUCUGCUGCAAAGAAAGGAAAGUGAAGUAUGUGUUCCAAUAAAAUGAUGGUUUUCUCAGCCGUAGACGGGCCCUUUAGUUCCAUUUUUAUUGCUCUUGAGUUUCAGUUUUGGUCUAGUUGUUUGUAUAAUGUAUCUAGUAGCCCUUGUCACAGUUUUGUAACCUCACUAGCAAGGAUGAGAAUGUUGGAUUAUAGCACUCGGAUUCAAACCUGGGUGCUUGACAGACGGUGGCAAGGGCUAUAGAUAUCAUGUUUUUGUCUUUAACAUAUGGACUUGCGUCCUAGUUAUAGUUGUUGAGUCUUCGUAAUGGAUAAUGAGCAAUGCGUUUCAGUUCAGGUUUUUACA